AUGGAAAGUGAUUAUUAUACUAUUUUAUUACAAGAAAUAGCUUAUGAAUCAUGUGAAUUUGGGACAAGUAUAAAAAAUAUAAAAGAAAUAAUAAAAAAAAGGAUUGAAUUUGAACCAACGAAAGAACAAUGGGAAAUAAUAUUUUAUGAACCGAUAAAAGAAAGUAUAGAAUUAUUUGAGUUUUAUGAAAAAAAGAAAGAGAUUAAAGAAAAAACAAUAAUAAAAGAAAGGAUAUAUGAAGAAAAUAAUGAAAUGACAAUAAAAAUGAAAAGAGAACAUCACUUAUAUUUUUUAGGAUAUAGAGAUACAAGUGUAUAUUUAUCAGACUUAUUAUACAACGUAUUGGCGUGUAUUGGAAAAGAAAGAGGAAAUGGAAUAGCGCAAUAUGAGUUAUUAAAAAAAGUAGAAAUAGAUAAUAGAAAUAUAACGUAUUAUGUUAAAAAAUUAACAGAUGCUGGAUUAAUAAAGAAAUAUCCAAUUUUAAAAAAUUCAUGGAAAUUAGUUUUAUCAAUUUUUGAUUUUAAUUCGUCUUGUCGUCAAAACUCAGAAGAUGAAGAUUUAAUUGAAAAAUAUGAAAAUAUUUUUAAAAGAGUAUUAGAAGAAAAUAAAGGAAAAUAUGUUCCACAAAGUGUUAUUAGAAAAGCUUUAGGACUUACUGGCGCACAAAAUAAAAAAAGAUUUAAUUCAGUUGGUAGAUUUAUUCAAAGAAAGAAAAUAGCAGAACUUGUUCAAGGAACAAUUAAAGGUGGAUCAAGUAAAAUUAGCAUGUUUUGGAAAUUAAAAGAAGAAAACAAUUUAAUUCAACAACCUUUUCAAAUUAAUGAAAACCAAAUUGGAGGAAUUGAUGAAGAAUUUUCAAUUGUUCAAGUUUCUAAUAAUCCUGAAUUUUCAAUUAAUUCACAAAUGAAUUCAAUGAUUCAAAUUCAAGAAAACGAUGAAAAUUCAAUAAAUGAAAUUGGAAAUACACAAAUUGAUAAUGAAGAAGAUGAAGAAAGUGUUGGAUUUCUUGGAAGAGAACAUCCGUUAUUUAGUGAAUUAUAUCAAUUAGUUUCAGUAUCAAAAAAUGGAGCAACAAUAAGAGAUAUUUCAAAGUAUUUAAAAAUGUCAAUUAAAUUAGCAACAAGAAUAACACAAUUUAUUGCAAAUACUAAAAUGUUUGGAAUUACAGUUACAAUGGAAGGAAAAGUUAGAUCAAAAACAUCAGAAUAUCGCUUAUGGCUUAAAGAAAGUGCACCAAAAAUUAAUGAAGAAGAAUUUAAAAAAGAAGAAAAACAAGAAGAAAAAGAAAUAAAAAGAAAUGAAAAUAAAAAAGAAGAAAUAAACGAAAAUACUCUCCUUUCACAGUCUAAAAAAAUUAGAAAAUCUACAACUACUUUAAAUAAAGAAAGAACUCGUUUAAUUAAUGAAAUUAUUCAACGUGAAGGAAUUGUUGGAUUAUCUGAAAUUAGAAGAGAACUUGGAAUGAAAGAAAAUACAUCAGAACAUCAUAAAACUAUUAUGAGAAUGCUUCAACCAGCAAUUACUAAAGGAUUAAUUGAAAUUAAAUCAUUAAAAAUACCAUUUGAAAAUGGAGGAUUUAGAAAUAUAAAAGUUGUUAUUCAAACAAAGCUAAAAGAUGUACAUCAAAAAAUAAAAGAAUAUAUUAUUAAGUGUUCAAAAAUUAAACCAAUUAAUAAAAAAGAUAUUGAAAAUGUUGUUCAAAUUGAAAAAGAAAAUAUUAGUGAAGUUGAAAAAAGAGAAGAAACUAAAGUUAAAAAAUAUUGGAAAGGAAUGAUCAAACCAGUUAUGAUUAGAGUUAAAACUUGUUUUAUUGAAAUUUGGAAAUUUAUCUUUGAAAAACAAAAAAUAGAAGGAAAUAAUUUUGAUAUUAAAGAAAAUGAAAUAAGUAAUGAAGACCUUAAAUUUAUAACUGUUGAAGAAUGUACUAAAUGGUUAAAUCAAUUAGAAAUCCCUCAAAUUAAAAUGAGACUUAUGGAAUUUGUAGAAAAUUUAGAAAUUGGAAUGUUUAAUAAAUUAAUUGGAAUUGUAAAAGAAAAUUGUCCAUUUGAUGAAAAUUUAAUUGAACAACCAAUAAAAGUAAAAGAUUUAAAAACAAUUGAAAGAGAAUGGUUAUUAACAAAUAAAUCAUGGAUUAAAAGAUUAAAUAUUGUUAUUUCAUUUUUAAGAGAUAUGAGACUUAUUCAAAGAGAUAUUGAAUCAGAUGAUCCUGACGGAAUGGUUGUUUCUAAAAAAGGUAUUUUCUUUAUUCAAAACAAUCAAACAAAAGAAAUUACAGCAAAUAUAUUUAAUUUCAAUUCAUUAAUUAUAGUUAAUCAAUUUUGGGUAAAUGUUGAAGUAAAAUCAUUACAAUUUCCAGUAACUGAUCCAAUAACACAAAAAACUGAAGAACCAUCAACAAUUAUUAUUGAGGGACUUCAAAAUUUACCAUUAUUAAAAAGAAGUAUUUCAUGGCACACUGGUUCAAUUUUAACUAAACCACAGAGAGCUAUGAUUUAUGACCAUAUUUAUAAUGAACAUACAGAAUAUGACCAACAAAAGUUAUGUGAAGAAACAGGAUUUAGUGAACAACAAUUAGCACAUGUUAUAAGUCAAUUUAGACAAAGAUGUUUAAAGAAAAAACAACCAAUUGUUGAUAAAAAAUUAAAAAUUAGAAAAUUUAUUUUACCACAAAAAAAAAGAAAAACAGAAAAAAAUGAUGAAAAAAAAUGGAGUAAAGAAGAAGAUAGAAAAAUAUUAAUUGCUUAUAGAAAAUACUGGUUUGAAGGAAAUAUUGAACAAAAUGAUGACUCUCUUCCUGACUAUUUACCUGAUGGUAUUUUAAAAAAAUUAACAAAAAAAGUUGGAGCUAAAAUGAAACAAAUAAGUGUUAGAUUAAAAGAAUUGUUGUUACCUGAAAAUCAUGAAAUAAUUGAAGAAAUAUUUGAUGAAGAUUUAGAAAAAUAUGAUGAUGAAGAAAUUGUUGAAAUUAAAAAAAAAGAAAAUAAAAUAUUUGAUGAUGACGUUCAACUUAUUUUUAAUAGUAAUGAACAAAGAAAUGAAGUUUAUAAAUCAAUGGCAAUGCUUAGAUUAAACCCUGAUGAAAUUAGAAAUUUAGGACUUGACGUUGAUAUGUUAUUUAAAAAAUAUCAACACGCUUUAAGUUUUUUAGCUGAAAUGAAAUUUAUUAGUAAAGACAGAAAUCCUUUUAGUCCAAUGUUAAUGAGUUUAACUCCUUCUUUUAUUAAUCUUACUGAAUCUAAAUUAUUUUCUCAAUCUUUCUUUAAAAAAUAUACUCCAAUCACUUCUUGUGGUUGGUGGGAAAUUCAACAACCUAUUCUUCAAGAACAAGUUGAUGAAAUGGUUAUUCAACUAUCUUUUAUUUCUGAAAUUCACCCUUAUAUAUUUCCUAAAGGUGAGUUUGCAAGUGAAAAAAUUGGUGAAAGUUCGUUAAUAUUUUAUGAAGAAGAUAUUAAUGAUAAAUACAUUUAUAAUAAAGGAACUCAAUGGUAUUCUUCUUUAACUUUUAUCAAAAGAUUAAAAUGUUUUAGUGAUAAAGAAAUUAUGUUAUUUAGUCGUAUUAAAGAUAUUUUUAAUAAUGAAGAAAAUAAUUCUAUUGAAAGAGAUUUAACAAUUAGUAUUAUUGUUAAUCAAGUUGGUUAUUCCAUUAAAAUUAUUGAACCUAUUAUCGCUUAUAUGUUAUUCAAAAAUAUUAUUAUUAGAGAAAAAAGAAUUCAUUCUUUACCUCUUGAACAAAUUAUAUCAGAUCCUUUAGAUUUAGAUAGAAUGACUCCAUGGUCUAAAUUUGAUGGUACUAUUGACAUCGACUUAUUUAAUUCUUUAAUUCACAGAAUGAAAUCUUUUGUAUUUAAAUAUCCUUCUGUCUCUGUUGAAAAUUUAUGUAAAAAAUUCCCUUUUGCUCAAGAAGAUACAUUAUAUUUACUACAGUAUCUUGUUGACGAAGGUAAUAUUGAAAUUAGAACGAAUGGUCUAUUUGAAGAUGGUUUAUAUGUUUUUCCUAAAAUUUCAUCAUUUUUUUAA